CCCUCCUCUGUCAUUGUCCUUAACAGCGGCAAGAAACUGGCUCCGCUUACCCAUAAUCGCCAUGGUCCCCUCCAGCAAUGCUCCCUUUCGCCCUUCCCCGCUGUCCUUCAACUCUCCCCGUGCGUCACCUUUCCGACGACCAUCUACUCCCAGUUCCCCUCCGGCACAAGCUCGCCCAACCACACCAGGGAGCUCCCCGAGCAGAGGAUAUACCCCAGUUGUAUCGCCCAGCAAAUUAAACCAAUCCUACACUGUUGAGGAUCACGAUGCCUCUCCCAAGAGCCGGGAGCCGAUACCCCAGCCUCGGUUUUCCAGGGAUUCUCCGUCGUCUCCAAGUAGGGGAGCGAGCGCAGUCGAAUCAUCGCCAUCGAGCAUGGAGGCAAAAGCGACUAGUAUGAUGGCUGCCUCAUCCGAUGCGGCAGCUAGGCUGGCCCCAGCACAGCUCAGAGAGAUACGAGAGGCUUUCCAGGUCCUGGACAGAGAUAACGAUGGUUUUGUGGACAAAGAAGAUGUGGCGGAUGUACUUGUGAAUGUUGGCCAAGACCAGUCCACUUUAUCCCAAUUCUUCCCUCCAGGAAGUUCUUCGACAAUUAACUUUCCUACUUUCCUAAAUACUCUUUCUCAAUUACUCUCACCACUAUCAUCCAGGCAAGAGCUGGUCAAUGCCUUAGCGGCUUUUGACGAAGAUGACAGCGGCGAGAUUGAUGUGGAAGAACUGCGUGACGCACUUCUCAAUACUGCCCCAGACAAUGGAGAGCGCCCACUCACGGACCGGGAAAUUAACGAAGUCCUUGGUGGGUUCACUGGCCGCAAGGCGUUCGGGGGUAAACUUGGCAAGGCCCAAGGGAAUGGAAAGAGAGGAGAGGUGCUGAAAUACCAGGAAUUUGUCAACACCGUUACGGGGGGAACAGAGAAUGGGCAAGCGAAAGCGAAGUGAAGCACAACUAAUGAGAUAAGUCGCUAUAUUACGGGUCAUUAUUUAUUACGGUUUUGGCUGGGACAGGCGUUCAGGCCGCACGGUUUGUUUAGGAAUUAUUUCAGACGGCGCUCCAGUAACUGCGGCCAAAUUGCACCGCUAUUGAUGUUGGUGGACACUAUCUACAAGGAGACAUGUAUCACGUCGAGCGUUAGAGAUACCUAGUUGCAAUGUAGUGCCUUAAAGCAACCAACGUUUGAAGCACGCGGCGAUACAUGGCCAGUGUGUCGAAUCCAGCCAUCACAAAGCCGUAGGGGUGAGACACCUGUUGUCUUGUGCACAAGCGGAUUGUCGU